GCUGGGGAGGCGAGUGCCUGCCUAUUCCCCCCGCGCCCCGGCUCGCGCAGCCCCCGGCCGGGCGAGGGGUGUGAUGUGGGAGUGGGGUGGGAGGGGGCAGCGGGCGGGGCCUGCCACGUCACUUGGAGAGUGUUGGGAAGGAAGGGCAGAGCGGAGAGGCGAGUCGCUGCAGCUGCGGCGGCUGCAGCGAAGGCUUUAGCCGCGGGGAGGUGGGUCCCCGCGCUCCGGCGCUGGGGCAGCCCCAGGCCCGCUCCGAGGCCUGCGGCGCGGCUCCUAGCGAGGAGGUGACGGCUGUGGCGGCUGGAACCGCGACCUUGGCCAGACAGAGCCCCGCGGUGGACGUAGGGCGGAGGCCGAGCCCCGCCAGGAGCCUCUGCCGAGCCGGAGGGAGGCGCAUCUGGCGCCUCGGGACCAGCGGCAGCGGGGGUCGUGAGCCGCUGGAGGAGCGCGGUGGGCGCCGGGCGAGGAGAGCCGGCGGGUCUGGAGGGCGGAACCCCGCGCCCCGGAGCCCAGUCUCGGCACGGCUGGGCGAAGCCACGCGUCUUCCCGGGCGGCCAGUUUCACGCGCGCCAGUUUGUGGCUCCGGGCAUCCCAGUGAGCUGUAGCACCGAGGCGCGGGCGACUGGAAGCGCAGAGCCAAAUCCUUGGCGCCCAGGUCACCUCCCCAGACGCAGCCUUGCUGGGACCAGGAAUUCAGGGCUCAGCGACCCCAGCGCCAGGUCAGACCGCGAGCCCCACCCUAAGGAGAGGGCGCAGCCGGGAGCGGGGAACGGGCGCCGCGCUCCAGGCUGCAGGUUGUGUCGUGGGCGCCGUCCUAGUGGCGGGGAGCGCGCCGCGGCGGGGGCAUGAGAUCGGAGAAAUCCCUUACGCUGGCGGCGCCGGGGGAGGUCCGUGGGCCGGAGGGGGAGCAACAGGAUGCGGGAGACUUCCCGGAGGCCGGAGGGGGCGGGGGCUGCUGUAGUAGCGAGCGUCUGGUGAUCAAUAUCUCCGGGCUGCGCUUUGAGACGCAGUUGCGCACCCUGUCGCUGUUCCCCGACACGCUGCUCGGAGACCCUGGCCGCCGAGUCCGCUUCUUCGACCCGCUGAGGAACGAGUACUUCUUCGACCGCAACCGGCCCAGCUUCGACGCCAUCCUCUACUACUACCAGUCGGGGGGCCGGCUGCGGAGGCCGGUCAACGUGCCCCUGGACAUCUUCCUGGAGGAGAUCCGCUUCUACCAGCUGGGCGACGAGGCCCUGGCCGCCUUCCGGGAGGACGAGGGCUGCCUGCCCGAAGGUGGCGAGGACGAGAAGCCCCUGCCGUCCCAGCCCUUCCAGCGCCAGGUCUGGCUGCUCUUCGAGUACCCGGAGAGCUCCGGGCCCGCCAGGGGCAUCGCCAUCGUCUCCGUGUUGGUCAUUCUCAUCUCCAUCGUCAUCUUUUGCCUGGAGACCCUGCCCCAGUUCCGUGCAGAUGGUCGAGGUGGAAGCAAUGGUGAUGGUGUGAGCCGAGUCUCCCCAGUUUCUAGGGGGAGUCAGGAGGAAGACGAGGAUGAAGACGAUUCCUAUACAUUUCAUCCUGGCAUCACCCCUGGGGGAAUGGGGACAGGAGGCUCAUCCUCACUCAGUACUCUUGGGGGCUCCUUCUUUACAGACCCCUUCUUUCUGGUGGAGACUCUGUGCAUUGUUUGGUUCACUUUUGAGCUCCUGGUGCGCUUCUCUGCCUGCCCCAGCAAGCCAGCCUUUUUCCGCAACAUCAUGAAUAUCAUUGACUUGGUGGCCAUCUUCCCCUACUUCAUCACCCUGGGCACCGAGCUGGUGCAGCAACAGGAGCAGCAGCCAGCCAGCGGAGGGGGCGGCCAGAACGGGCAGCAGGCCAUGUCCCUGGCCAUCCUCAGAGUGAUCCGCCUGGUCCGGGUGUUCCGCAUCUUCAAGCUCUCCCGCCACUCCAAGGGGCUGCAGAUCCUGGGCAAGACCUUGCAGGCCUCCAUGAGGGAGCUGGGGCUGCUCAUCUUCUUCCUCUUCAUCGGGGUCAUCCUCUUCUCCAGUGCCGUCUACUUCGCAGAGGCUGAUGAUGAUGAUUCACUCUUUCCCAGCAUCCCGGAUGCCUUCUGGUGGGCAGUGGUCACAAUGACCACGGUAGGUUAUGGGGACAUGUACCCAAUGACAGUGGGGGGCAAGAUCGUGGGCUCGCUGUGUGCCAUCGCCGGGGUCCUCACCAUUGCCCUGCCUGUGCCCGUCAUCGUCUCCAACUUCAACUACUUCUACCACCGCGAGACAGAGCAGGAGGAGCAGGGUCAGUAUACCCAUGUCACUUGUGGGCAGCCUGCACCGGACCUAAAGGUGACUGACAAUGGCCUUGGCAAGCCUGACUUCUCCGAGGCCCCGCGGGAACGGAGACCCAGCUACCUUCCCACUCCACAUCGGGCGUAUGCAGAGAAGAGGAUGCUCACCGAGGUUUGAGCGAUGCAGGCAGGGUCUGCAGGAGAAGCGGAGCACUGAACGAUCUCUUAGGCUUCCUUCUCAUUCUCACGACUCCCACCCUAGCUUCAGUUGACUUCUUGACUCCCUCCCCUACACCCAUUACCUGCCAUCCAGGACCGAACACCUGGACUGUCAACUUUGUGGCUUGAUCCCUGCAGCAUUCAAGGUUUCUCCAUCUAACUGACAUUUUUUGAAAUUCCAACGGUGCCACCAAUCAUGCCCAUCUUCUGUCACAUGGAUGAGAUAUACAUUUCUGUCUAUCUUUCCUCGAGACUCUGAUUUUUCACAUCCCGGACUUUGUAAUAUCUUUUGGGAACAGCAACGUCAACAGAAUGGAAACCAGCCAUAUCUGGGUCCUAUCUCUGUCCUUAGUGUCCUCUUCUUUGGGUCAUGCACCUCUCUUAGCUUCUGGCCACUUGGUAACUGGCAGAAGGUGGAGGACGGAAGCAGUACUCACCUGGGUAUUUUAUUCCAGUGCCCUGUAACACCUGUUGGGUCCUACAGAGGACCUGUGGUAGAGCCUUUAUUUGCACCACCUCAAAAUAGGUUAUUCAUUUCUAAUCUUGGAUGGAACUAGAGAAAAAGCAAUCAAAUUUGACCAUCUGGAGGACAUGAAGGUCAGUCCCAGACCGGGGCGGGGGGCGAUGGAUUCUUCCAGGUGUGUUCCAGCACGAGACACUGGCCUUUGGUGUACAUUUAGUCCUUCCCACUCUGACCCCCAGACCCUCUCUAGCCUCCAGGAAGGCUCCUUCUCAGAGCCAAAUGCUCUUUCUGUGCAAGUGCCUUCCUGUGUAGAGGAACCGGGAAAAGGGAACCGCAGAACCAGGAGAAACGGCUGAAUAGAGUCAAGCAAGUGGCUUGACCACAAGUCUGAAGCAAGGUGCCACUUAAACAGAUGCUGUCAUCCAGCAGGGGCAGAGGGAUCCUGUUGCAGAGGCAGCUUUUUCUCCCUCAUUUUCCCCAGCCCUCUCGAGCCCUCUACCCUGCUUCCUGAGAAUUCGACUUAGGAUUGCAAUUGAAGGCAUUUUAAAGCAAACUCCACCUUAAACCCACAGACAGGUAAAAGCGUAAUUGGAUGCCAGCAUGGGUUUCUUCCCAUUUUAUGGGCAGUGAAAUUCGUGGUUUAGAGUAAGGAGCAAGCAUCACUCCUUUGCCGACGGCCUCACCGUGACAGGGUUUUUGCUGAGUCAAGCAAACACUUGCCUGUUUUACCCCUGGGAGCUGCAUCUGACCUGCCCUCACUGGUAAGAUAGAGUGGUGGUGUUCCCACCGGGCUAAACCCCCUUCUUCUAUUAGGAAACCGCUGCUGUCCACCACCUGCCGCCUCCCCUCCUUUCUCUCCCAGGAACAUUGCCAUUCAUUUUUGCCUUUGAUAAACUGUGAUGUACUGUUCUGAGCUCUUCUGGGUGCAGUUCUGAAACCAAAAGGACUGUUAACAUGUUUUUAAUGUUAUACCUAUGCUUUACGACUCUUGGAUGAGAAUUUUUUUUAAAGAAUUAUUUUGUCAAAGAGCAACUUACAAGGGGAUAGCCUUUUGAGGGUUUGCUUGAGAGGCAGUGUGGCUCCUACCAGUGCCAGAUCUAAAUCUGGAUUUUGCCACAGCUUUAUAGGGUAACUUUGGCACCAUAGUCCCUAUUUGUGCCUCAGUUUUCCCACCCAUUAAAUGGGAGCACUAAAGUCUUCCCCUCCCUACCUUAUGGGGACUGUCAAUGAACUCAUCUGGGAAGCUGGAGAUAAUGCUAUGCAAAUGCAUGAACUUUGGUAAAGAAUUUGAUUUUUCGUUCAUUACCCUGUCUCUCUAUCCCCCCAGGCAAGACCUCUUCCCAGAGUUCUUGCCUUGGGUUCAAAGCCCAAGAAUAGGCCAUUAUGGACUAUUAGCUCCCCAAAGCCCUCCUUGGCCUCUUGGACUGAGCCUCAGUCCUUCUUCUUACCCUUCAGAAAGGAGGGUGCUCUUUAGAUAUGUUCAGCUGGAUCCUUCCAGGGCUGGAGGUCACCUUGACUGGGAACUUGGCUUCUCCAAACCUGAAAUACAAUGGGAAAUAGAGGUGUUUAUGAUUAAGAAACCUGCUCUGAGGCCAGUACUAGUUUUCCAAAUAUCUUCAGUUACUGCUGGCUAUUUGGGAAAAGAAGAGAUGAGCCCAUUCCAGAGGCAAAAGGAGUGUUCCCAGCUGAGAGUAAAAGUUGGGACACAUGUGCAUGUAUCUCUGUAUGUGUGUAUGUGAUCAUCCUCAUCACCAUCCCUGAGAACACCUUUCCUUUUCAAGUCAGAGCAUGCCUGAAAGUAAAGGGUUUGUGAAGAGCCAAGCUCUCCAGGGACUCUAGUUGCCGUAGCAACCUUCCGGAGUGUUCUCCCCAUCUUCUGAUUUGGGCAUCAAGGGAAAACAGGGGACCACAUAUUCCCAGCUUCUCUAAUGGCUGCACUUCCCACAUAUUGGAUCCGGGGCUGGUAGUGCCAGGACAGGGACAGGGACCUUUGGAAAAUGUGGAGGAAGCAGGUCCCCCAAACUUCCUCCCUGGACCUUUCUUCCUGAUUUCCCCACCAGUCAUCAAAGCUGCGCGUCUUACUCCCGACUCUUCAGAUACUUGAGUGCUAAGCGGCUGCCAGUUAAACCAACAUCAAAAUUGUUUUUCAAAAUGACAAGGGGAGUCUUUGGGGAGGACGAUUCAUGCCUCGAGAGGCAGCCAGGCUGUGCUGCCCAGAGUCAUAGUGGUCUUAGGUGUUGUGGAGCUCUCAUCUCCUGGGGGGAGGCUCUUCCCAGCUCAAGGAGAGACAGAAAUGCAACUCCUUCCUCCCGAGAACACUCUAGCUCCCGGGAGGAAUCUCACAGGCGGUUCCUUGUAAGACGCUGAAGAGAAACCGAGAGGCUGUGGCUCGACCUAGUUUCUGUGAAGGAUUCUGUCAAGGGAUCCCUCUCCGACCCUGAGCCCCUGCACGUGGACGCUGCGCCGAGCCGGGAGAGAGUGUGCGCCGUGUGUUCUGGACAGCCAGGCGGCGACUCACAGCUGCCAGGGACGGUGGGGUCCAAGCCCUGGCCCCCCUGGCUCAAGCCAGCAGGAGCUCCUCCCAAGGGACUUCCUGGAGCUGUGGCCUCAGCCUGAGAUGCGGGACACUCCUCCUGCCUGUGCGUCCCCGGGGAGUGAGGAGGGACAGCCGGCCGCCUGGCGUCUGAGUAGCCGGGAAAGGUUGGAACACACCCAGUCAUCAUCACCCUCGCUUCACGGGAGCAGAAACAGAAAUGCAGGGAAGUGCCGACGCGGCGGUCCGAGCGGGAGACUGACGCACUCAUUUCUGACAGCGGCUGGACCCUCACCUUCUUCCGAAGACGAACCCCCUCCCUGGUGAUCCAGCCUGACGCCCCCCUGGCGGCCUCCCCGGCACAGCAACCAGGCCAGGAAGCGCUGAGACCGGACCGCUGGCGUUAAAGACAGGGCGGAAUGUUGGGGUGAGGCUGGGGGAGGAGCGUGAAGGCUGGGGCGUGGGCAAGGGAGACAGCCAUCGGAGGUGGGGAUCCCAGGAGGUGCGCGGCUGUGCUGCAGACCCGCCCCGGAGAGAGGUGGCUGUGGACGAGUGACAAAUAAACGUAUGGCAAAGUC